CCGACGGUGGCACCGCACGGCGCGCGGAGUGCACUUGCCGGGGCUAGGCUCGGUGGGACCCGCACAACAAGCGCGGCCGUCCUCCACUGUGGACCUACUCAGAGCCGCUUCGCGCACCCACAACCGGUAUCACACUCGCUUGCGAAACCCGUGACCAAUAUACUGGAAACAUGAGGUUUAUACCCCUAGUGAUUCUCAUUGCUUGCGUGGCGUGCGAAGCGAGCGCGCUCGCGCGGCCGCAGGACGAGGGCGAGGCGCGCGCCGCGCCCUCCCGCGGGCUGCUCAAGCGCGGCCUGCUGGCCAAGGGGAAGCCCACCAGCACUACCACCACCACACCUGCCCCACAGGAAGAGGCCGAGUACGAGGACGAGGAGUACGCGGAGGGCGAGCAGCAGGAGCCGUCGACGGAGGCGCCGCCCUCCUCCACCGAGGGCAAGAAGCUGGUGGCGGGCGGCGUGCGCCCCUUCCGCAGUAACACCGAUCUGCUCGCCGCGCUUAAACGCCGCCGCGCUCAAGCUGCCGAAGCUAAGCUAAACGGGGGACAGUCGACGGCGGCCGCUGCGCCCGUCCAGGACAGCGCCACCGAGGCUCCGGUCAAGGCUAAUUUCAACAAGAAGAGGUUCAACACUGCGACGAGGGAGACCAACAGUGAGGACGCGCCGCCGGCGCCUGCCAAGCCCGCCAGGGGUCGAUUCGGGAAACCUGCGAGAUCCAUCCCAGAGGCAGAGGAAGAGCAGGCAGAGCCCGCGCCCGUCCGGAGCGGCAGGACCUUCUCCCGGCGAGGAGGAAACUAAGCCCCCCACCACCCCUCCCGUAUCCCCCAACCCACCUUCUCAACUCAAUAUAACCCUUUGCCAUUUCAAUUCAAUUGCUGUUUCAAAAGUAUUACUCAGUCUUUACAUUUAAAUACUUAUGGAGCGGCAUUUCCCUAUGCAGUGCAGCGCUUCCGUGCUGUCGGUUCCCCGUAAUUUCUAUAAAUUAGCGACCAACGGGGUAUACCUAUUUUUAUAAUAAUUGUAAAUUAUGUAUGUCUAAGUAUUUUUUAAAGUAAACAUAAAAAUUGU